CGACGGCGGCGACACACGGACAGACGGACACACGGACACAGCCCCGGGGGGGGGGCGGGCAGCCGGACAGCCAGCUCCGGGAGAGGGGGGUGAUGGACAGACGGACAAGGUGACAGCCAGCUCCGGAGGACGGACGGACAGUCGGACAGUCAGCCCCGGGGCGGACGGACAGAGGGACAGCCAGCUCCGGGGGAGGCGGACGAACAGCCGGACAGACGGUUGGGGGGGGACGACGCACAGGCGGCCUGACACGGGCUGCGGGUAGCUGGGGUCUUGCACAGGCAGCCGCGGGGGGUGGGCACGACACACGGGGACAGACAGCCCAACGCAGGGACAGACGGACAAGGUGACCAGGGGACACACCCCCCCCCCAGCCAGGCGUACCCCUCCGGGAGACCCCCGGGGCCGGGGCUGCGGCUGCGGGGAGCCCCCCGUGCGGCCGCGCACCGGGAGCGCUGCGGGGCGGCACGGCUCGGCACGGCUCGGCGGCAGCUCCGCCGCCUCCCCCGGCCGGGGAUGCAGCCCGGAGCCACGGGGAGCCGCGUACCCAGCCUUCGGGGCACGGUGGCCCGAAAGCCACCCGGAGCUGCGUGUCCCCAAAGGGAUUUGAAGCUGGGCCAAGUGGUGAUGGAAAUGUCAUUGUCACAGCACUGGGGCCCAGCGAAGUAAACGCUGCGCAGGAGGGAAGGGAGUGGGACACCGCUGCACCGAGCUCUGCUCCGCAGCCAGAGAGAGGGACGGCUCCAAAAAACCAGCACAGCCCAGGUCAGAGGGGGCAGCAAGAGGGCCGUGGGGUUCAUCCACGCUCCCACGAGCUGCAAGGGCCACAGGGCAGUACCUGGGGGCUGGGAGCCAUCCCACCGCCUGCUCAGGGUUCAGGACGUCAGCCUUUCAACCGGACUCCGGCGCCCACCCAAGCCCGAUGAGGAGCCGGGGCUGUGCAUGAACCUAUGCAGACCAGGAGGAAACACAUUUUCCUGACUUUCCUUGCCUCUUGGCUCCUGCUUUUCUUCUUUGGAGGAGACCAGCUCCGCCGUUUCGCUUUCUUUUCUGGGAGGAAAGCCGAAGCCCAAAGAAACUGGCCCAGCUGGACAGAUCGGUCCCUCCUCAAAAGCUUUGCAGACCCCGAGGAGCUCCAGAGCGAUGGGGACCCCUCACUGCCAUCGCCCCGGGCACGGCGGGCAGCACGGUUGAGCGUCUACAAGAACAGCAGAUGCCGGAUGGAAACGUGCUUUGACUUCUCCAGGUGCGAGAAGCACGGCUUCAAAGUCUUCACCUACCCCCGGGAGAGGGACCAGCCCAUCUCAGAGAGUUAUGGCAAAAUCCUCACCUCCAUCGAGCGCUCGCGCUACUAUACCCCAAACCCCGGGGAAGCCUGCCUCUUCAUCCUCAGCAUCGACACACUGGACCGCGACCAUCUCUCGAGUCAAUAUGUCCGUAACGUCGAUGAGAAAAUCCGCAGCUUCCCGCUCUGGAACGGCGGCCGUAACCACCUCAUCUUCAACCUCUACUCGGGCACCUGGCCCAAUUACACCGAGGACCUGGGCUUUGACAUUGGCCAGGCCAUCCUGGCCAAAGCCAGCUUCUACACCGAGAGCUUCAGGCCCGGCUUUGACAUCUCCAUCCCUCUCUUCUCCAAGGAUCACCCGCAGCGCGGUGGGGAGAGGGGGUGGUUGUAUCAGGACUCGAUCCACCCAAAAAAGAAAUACUUGUUGGUGUUCAAGGGGAAGCGGUACCUGACUGGCAUCGGCUCCAGCACGAGGAAUGCGCUGCACCACAUCCACAACGGGAAGGACAUCAUCUCGCUCACCACCUGCAAGCACGGCAAGGACUGGGAGAAGCACAAAGACACGCGCUGCGACAAGGAUAACGUCGACUAUGAAAAGUUUGACUACCAGGAGCUGCUGCACAACUCCACCUUCUGCAUCGUACCCCGGGGCAGGCGCUUGGGCUCCUUUCGUUUCCUGGAGGCACUACAGGCCGCCUGCAUCCCUGUGCUGCUGAGUGAUGGCUGGGAGCUGCCCUUCGCCGAGGCCAUCGACUGGGGCAAAGCCGCUGUUGUGGGCAAUGAGAGGCUGCUGCUUCAGAUCCCCUCCGCUGUCCGCUGCAUCCACCCGGAGCGUGUGCUGGCUUUUCAGCAACAGACCCAGUUCCUGUGGGACGCGUACUUCUCCUCUGUCGACAAGAUCGUGCACACCACGCUGGAGAUCAUCAAGGACCGGCUGCUCCCACACCGCUCCCGCUCCCGCUUCCUCUGGAACACGCUGCCCGGGGGGCUCCUGGCCCUGCCCGACUUCUCCACCCACCUUGGGGACUUUCCCUUCUACUACCUCCAGCGCGGCUCCAGCCCCUCUGAGAAGUUCACAGCUUUCAUCCGGGCCAUCUCGCCGUCCAGCUCCCUCUCCCAGCCCAUCCUCAGGCUCAUCCAGGCUGUCUCCGGAUCCCAGUACUGCGCCCAGAUCCUGGUGCUGUGGAACUGCGAGAAGCCACCACCACCGAGUGAGAAAUGGCCCCAGACCACCGUGCCUCUGACCAUCAUCCAGGGCAGGAGGAAGCUCAGCGACCGCUUCUUCCCCUACGCGGCCAUCCAGACGGACGCUGUGCUGAGCCUGGACGAGCACACCAGCCUCUCAACCAGCGAGGUGGACUUUGCCUUCGUGGUGUGGCGCAGCUUCCCCGAGCGUAUCGUGGGCUUCCCCACGCAGAGCCACUUCUGGGACGCUGAGCAGAGGCGCUGGGGCUACACCUCCAAAUGGACCAACGAGCUCUCCAUCGUCCUCACCGCCGCCGCCUUCUACCACAGGUAUUAUCACAGCCUCUUCACGGAUUAUCUGCCGGUGGGGCUGCGGGAGCUGGUGGAUGGCCUGGCUGCCUGCGAGGACAUCCUGAUGAACGUCCUUGUGGCUGCCGUUACCAAGCUGCCGCCCAUCAAAGUCACCCAGCGGAAGCAGCACAAGGAGACCGUGCCCCAGCAGGUGAAAGCCACAGCAGGGGCAGCUGGCGGCCGGUGUUUCUCCCAGCAGCAGGACUGCCUCAACCAGUUGGUGGACUGGUUUGGCUACAUGCCCCUCGUGUCCUCCCAGCUGCGCCUCGAUCCCGUCCUCUUCAAGGACCAGGUCUCCAUCCUGCGCAAGAAAUACCCACGCUUGGAGAAACCCUGAGGGCUGCCAGGGAUCGGGGUCAGGGCCGGCCCCAGGUGCCCUGUCCCUGGUGCACGGAGCCUUCCCGGAGCAGGCAGUCACUGCUGAUGGGGUUUUACUCAUUAUUGGGUUUUACCAGUACAAUAAAGGUGGGUGGGAGGCAGAGUCCGGCCGGUGGCUGUAGGAUGCAGGGGAGCUGGGCUGUGCCCAGUGGGGAGCACCAGGAGCACCAGCGUUUUGGUGCACUGGUGCUUCUGCCUGGGCACCCUGGGAAUAAUCCAUGCGGCACCUGGCCACGCACACAGAGCCCCAGCCUUGCGGUGAAGGCAAGUUCUUUGGCUUCCCAAGGGCAAACAGAGGAGUGAUAAGAGGCAAGAGCAGGGCGAGUGUGUCCCUCCUCUGCCUGGCUAAGAUGUGUCCUGCUGCAGCCCCUGCCCACCCCAGUACCCCUUUGCCUCGCAGUGCUCCCCAAAGAAGCGAAAAGGGUUGUUUCAGCUGCCUUUCCCCACAGCUGAAUAGAAAUAGGGAAAAUUAAGGCUGCUGGCCUCAAGCAGAUGCUCUCCUCUGGCCGCUGCAGCUGUGGGUCCAUCCUCGCUGCCUUCAGUCCUAGCAGACACCCAAGAUAACACCCUGGUGCCACCAGACCAAACAUCCACCCCUGCACGCACCCAGCCCUUUGCUCCACUUUAUUUUCUAUGCAUGAAAAGUUCCCCCAGCGGCUCAGUCGCGGGGGGGCUGGCACUCCCGGCAGUCCCGCAUCUCCUCAGAGUAGCUCUCCACCUGGAUGGUGGUGGUGUGGAAGCGGAAGGUUCCCUGCAGCUGGGAGCUGGCCUCCUCCAGCACCUGCUGCGCGCUGGCACCCGCAUCUGCAAGGAGCAAGGGGGAUGUCAGGGUGUGGGUGAACCCCAAAUCCCUCCCCCACCAUUGCAACACUUACUGAUGGCGAUGUGCACCGAGAGCAGCGGCUGUGCCGCUGUCAGCGCCCAGAUGUGGAGGCUGUGCACUGCUUCCACCCCCUCCACCGCCAGCAGUGUCUCCUGCACAGCAUUGAAGUCCAUCCCUUUGGGGGUGCCUGGGGAGGGAGAGCCACAGGAGCUGGAGGGGUGGGGGCCACUGCACCCAUGGGUGGCCCCGCAGCCCAAACCCCCCCAGUGGGUCCCUACCCUCCAUGAGGACAAGGAGGACGUCACGGAGAAUGGUCAGCGUCGUCCCCAGCACCAGCGCGGAGAAAAGGAAGGUGCAGACAGGAUCCACGUACUUGUACUCAGGCUGGGAGGGCAGAAGAGGGUGAGGCCCCUCCAGUGGCGUCACCCCACCCCAAAUCCUCAUCAGCACCAGAAGGGAAGAGACAUGGUCCCCUUCGUCUCACCCCUGCACCUGGCCAGGGCUGGCUGAAGCCACUGUCCCUGUGUCCCCAGAAUCCCCUUUGCCCCAGUAACCACCCAGACCUUAAAGAAGAUGAUGUAGGAUGCAAUGAGGACGCCGACGCUCUGCAGCAGGUCGCCCACGAUGUGGACAAAGGCAGCGCGGACACUGGUGUUGGGCUGCUCGCUGGCCGCCCCAUGGCUGUGCCCAUGGCCCGUCUGGUGCAGAGCCACCCCCAUCCUGCGGGCAGGGCAGCAGUGACAUCCCUGGGGCCACUGGGCAUGGGAAGUGGGGGACACCCAGGGAAGGUGGGAGCUGGCUGUACAUACACAAUGUUGACAGCCACUGCGCAGGCGGAGGUGAUGAGCAUGACGCUGCCCUCGAUGUCAUAGUCAGCCGAGAGCAGGCGCUGAGCCGCCAGGUAGACCAGGACACCCGUCACCACCCAGAUGGAGAGCACAGACAGCAGGGCCCCCAGGAUCUCUGUGGAGAGGACCCAUCUGCCCCACAUUGCCGCUUCGCCGCCAUGCCAAGCCCAAGCAUCCUCCUGGCCCCCCGGCAGCACUGGGGUUCUGGGUGGGCACCCAGCAACCAUCCCCAGGGUCGCUCCCUGCACAGGGAUGGCGGUGCCUCUGCCCUGCCCUGCCUGUGCACGUGGUGUUGGGGCUUUGCCAGGGCUCCCCAUGCCCCCCAUGGCUCCCUGAGGCACCCAGUCCCUGUGGGGAGGGCACCCCGGGCUGCUCUGAGUUCUCACUGGGGUCCUGGGAGCCGAACAGCAGCACUGGGGGUGCUGCCACCCCAUUACCUGCCCGGUGCCAGCCAAAGUUCAUGGUUUUGGUGGGGGGGCGCGAGGACACCCAGAGUGCAAAGAGGCUGAUCAUGAUGCUGGCGAAGUCAGUCAGUAGGUGGGCUGCGUCCGUCAGGAUGGCCAGGCUGUGUGCCAGGUACCCACCUGUGGAGAGGGGGCAUGGGGGACAUCGGGGGGACAUUGGGGGGUCCCACCCUGAUCCAGGCACGGACCAGGUCACCCUGUGCUGCAGCAGGGGCCCCACUAGGUGCUUCAACCUCCCAAAAAGCAACGGUGAGCCCUGCCUGUACCCUGCCUGCUCCCGUGGCGGGGAGUCAGGACAAGAGGGGCUGCGGGUAGCCCCUCAGGGUGCCCCCACGCCGGCCAGACCCUGCACCCAUCACUCACCCACGGCUUCCCCAACCAUGAAGACAAGGCAGAUGCCAGCAGCCAGGUAGAGCUUCCUGCGCGCCCGCUGCUGCUGGCCGGGGUGGCCGGCGGCUCCCUGCGUGUGGCAGUGCCGGCUGCGCCGUGCCCCCAGCUCCAGGAUGGGCGCCUGCCCCUGCACCGAGUUGUGCCCGUUCUUUUGCGCAGCCCCCAGGUAGGACCUGCCAGGGAGAGGGGUGGUCAGGGGUAGAGCGGGGGGGGCUGGGAGAAUUUUGGGGAGAAGGUUGGACCCUGAAUGCUCCCCCCCAACCCCUUCCCCAUCCAGACUCCUCCAGGGGACUCCACUUGGGAACCCCACAGGGAAGAGGUGACACCACGUCCCCAGCCCCCCCUGGGCACCCGCUUACCCGCCUGCGCCCUCGCUCAGCAGGUGCCGAUUCUCCUCGCCGGCUGCCAUCCUCCUCCGGGACGGGGGUCCGGGGCGGGUGACCCCGGAGCGUGGCCGGGGCUGGUGGCAGCCGGUGGCCUCGGCCCGUGUGAAGUGCCGGGGACUCGUGUGCAAAGCCUGGCCGGGGGAGGGAGGGCCAGGCCGGCCGCAAAGCGCCAGCGGCCACCCGUCCCAGGGUGAGCCCGCUCGCCCAGCACCCAGGGGGCUGCUGGUGGAGGGGUGGGGGCAUAGCUCUGGGACCCCACCAUGGGCACCCCCCAGGAACUGCGCACCAGGGCAUGGAUGCAGCCCGCAAGGCAGGGAGAGCAUGGAGCAUCCCCCUUAACGGCACCCAGUGACCCCCCUCCCCGCCCCAGGGAGCCCUCGGGGCCGCGGAGCAGCCGUGUGACCGAUAAGCCUGGGACCAAACACCCCCCCCACCCCCCAGCAGUGACUCCUGCCCAGCGCUGGGAGGAGCAGCGCUAAUUGCCCUGGGGCUAAUUGCAAUUGUGGCACAGCCCAGAGCACCGCAGCAGGCGCUGCCUCAGUUUCCCUUUGGCAAGGCACUGAGCUGGGCUUAUGUCUUUGCAGGAGAAAAGCAUGUGUGGUAUAUAUUUGCAUUCAUGGUAUAAUGGUAUACUUUUGCCGUGGGAGCUCAGCCGGCAGCAAACCAGCAGCUCAGUGCUGAGGCUGUCCCCGUUUCAGAGACUGGCACAGCCCGGGGUAUCCUCACCCCCUCCUGCCACAUCCCCAAGCUCGGGUGAGCUCUGCCCCGGGCACCCCAUCACCAGGAGAUAAAUCCUGCUGGGUGCCGACCUGUUACAUCCCCAGGCAGGCGGCCAGGCACGGGGUGCCAGUGCUGCCGGAGGUGCUAAUGAGGCUGAAAAUUAAGUGUUGGACUGGGAAGCACCCCUCUGCCAUGCCAGGCGCUGGCAGGGACACCGGUGAUGGCACUGGCCUGGCAAACCCACCCACAUCUCCAGUGCCCAUUGCGGGGCUGCCAAGCCAAGAACAAAAGGCGAGGGAAAAAAAACCCAGAACACCAGUUUUCUUUACAAAAUACACAAAAUUCAAAUCCGUGACAAUUAUAUACAAAACAAGGAAGAUAUAAAA